ACAAAAAUAAUGACUUACAUUAUAUAAUUGCGUGUAUGUGUGUUCAUUAUAUAUUUGCCCUUUCUUAGGGGGUAUGCUGAUGGUGGAGGAUUCGGUGUCCCUUUUUCUGUCACCUUUGUUUGUCUUCUGAGAUACCUGCUCACAGAUAUGUUAUUAGGUCUUAGCUUCCCUGAUGUUAAGCCUGUUCGACCGACCAACAUACUACUUUUUCUGCUACUUCCGCUUCUGCAUCUGCUAUUCCUGCUACCACUACUACUGCUACAGCCAUACUAUCGCUCCCGUAUGCAAUACAGUGAAUUAAUGUUGCUACCACGAAUUAUAUAUAUAACUUCUGCAAAGAUCCGGAUACCACCGAUGCAAUUUAAACAACACUGAUUAGUAUUUUACCAAUAACUUAUAAGGAUAAUAUAAUAUAUUGCAACUAGAACAGCUACAACAACAAUCGGUGCGACAACGUUUUUACUUUUAACUGCUUCUGAUGCUGCAAUUACAUUAAACACAGCUACAUCUACCACUAAAACAACUAGAAUACGAUCGCAGUGACAGCAUGGCAGUUUCCCUCUAAAGCUUGUACCUAAAAUCUUGACAGCUAUCGCUCUCGUAGCAUCGUUUAUUGGGAUAUUUAAUCGACAAUAGAUAACUAUGUGGUAGUUAUAUAACCUAGAUAAAAAAAACACUUUGCCACAACGUCACCUAAAAUGCAUGAUGGAUUCAUAAUCUGUUUCUAAGCAUCUUGAAUCUCUUGCACUCGGAUGAUAUUCCUAGACCCCUAGAGCAUGUUUCGCUUACCGGCAUGAACAUACAGAGAUUGGUGUAGCGUGGAGUAGCAAGUUCUUGUCGUUCUCGCUUCAGAACGCCGACUAAGCCAGAGACCUGCUGCGCCGAGACGGAACGAUUGAGCACGGUGCAGGAGAUGAGUCACAGCACCCACAGCGACGACGAAAGUUCGGCCGAGCGGCAUCGUCAAGCAGGCCGGCUCGCCGCAUCCUAUCAAGAAUUGCUACACCAGGCUGCCCUUUACUCCCGAGCAGGAGAAGAUUCUCAAGCAGGCUCUCCACGAAUCAAAAGCCAAGAAAAAGGCGAAAGGAGACGCUCUGAGAGAACAUGGGAAUCAGAUUUCCGAAGAAAACGAGAAAUUGAUUAAAGAAAAUGGCAGUGUUUGCCAGGAAAUGAAAACCUUCGGACGAGGGGAAGCUAUUGUAGUCUGUGAAGUCGAAGUCAGGCGCAGUGGCGAAAGAAGUCCUGCAUCAAAUAGAAAUUUAGACGAAAUAGAAGCUACAUCAACAGUGUAAUGGAAUAAUAAGGUGCAUAUAUAAAACUAGCUGUAUGUCUUUUAAUAUAAAUACAUGAUUAUAUAUGUUUGAUUAUGAUUUUUUGUUGUUGUUUCUAUAAAUAUUGGUAUUUAUGUUAGCAUCAAGUCACACUGCAUAAUUGCAAUGAGCUUUGUAAGGCCAUUUUUGCACCAUAAUUAAUUUUAUUUCCGCCUGUAGAGGACUAAGUUCAUUGCAUGUAUGUUCGUUGCAUGUAAUGUGAUGUUUAAAACAAACAAGAAUAUUUAACAGAGUUCAGAUAUUUAAUUUUUGUUCAGUAACAAUUUCGAUAUCCGAAUUUUGAUCCUCAAUGAAGCAUGAGGAACAAGAAUCGGGUUGACUUCUUU